AUGGCCUUUAACAUAUCCCGUGAACAGAUAGAGAUGCUGAGGUCUCAAGUUAAAGAGCCGGCAUCUAUUCUUUAUCCGGACUCUGAAGGGUACGGAAAAAGCCUGGAAAGAUGGUCAGAAGUUGGAUGUCAACGAGCGGGAGUCGUUAUGCGCCCGACAAACACCGAAGAUCUUGCAAUCACCGUGCGCUUUGCCAGGGACAAUCGAGUGGACCUGGCAGUCAAGGGAGGAGGACAUUCCACUGACACCUCCUCCUCGAGUGAUGGAGGUAUUUUGAUCGACCUUGGCGGUAUGAGACAGGUCACUGUCAACUCAGUCGACUCAUCUAUCACCACACAGGGUGGUGCACUCUGGAAAGAUGUGAACGAUACUGCUGCUCGGUUUAAUAUGGCCGUAGUUUGCGGCACGGCCAGUGAAACGGGGGUCGGGGGGCUCACUGUGCGCGGGGGAUAUGGGUAUUUGACACCGGAGUAUGGACUGGUCCUUGACAAUCUUCUUUCUGCAAAAGUGGUGACUGCCGAUGGGCAAGUCUUGAAUGCAUCCACGGAAGAGCAUCCGGACUUGUUCUGGGCGAUUCGGGGAGCUGGAGCAAAUGUCGGGGUGGCAGCGGAAUUGACGUUCCAGGCACACACGCAGGCCAACAUGGUCUGGUGCGGCACUAUGACGUUUACGCGUGACAAACUAACUGAAGUUAUCGAGGCACUCAAUGGUGCACUGGUUCAUCCACGGAGAAAGGCGGCAGCGCAAUGUGUCUUCGCUUUAUCUCCUGAUACGGGGGCCCCGGUUAUCACCACGGUCCUUUUCUUCAAUGGCCCCGAGGAGGAAGGGCGAGUGCAUUUCUCCAACCUUGUUAAUUUGGAAUGUAUCAACAUGAACAUGGAAAUGAGACCCUACGCAGAGGCCAACACCAUGCUCGACGAUGCAAUGCCGCCAGGCGGAAGAAAAAAGACCAUUGGAGCUAAGUUCGCUUCGCCUAUUCGGCCUGAAUUUGCCUCGGAAUUGCUGGAAGAACUUGGCCGCAAGCUCACCGCAGCACCAGAAUUGGCCAAAACUUGUCUUGAGAUCGAUUAUUUUGAUCUUUCCAAGGUCUAUGGUGUGCCCGUUACCGAGACUGCGUUCCCAAGUCGAACCAAGGCUCUUAAUGGAGCUCUUCUCCUCCAGUGGGUCAAUUCGAGCAAGGACCAGGAUUUCAUAGCAUGGGGGGAAGCCAUCCAGAAUAUGUGUGAGAGUGAGCUACGACGAGCUGGUCACGAGCCGGAUAAGCUGGUGUCGACAUUCUUCGGCUACAUGCACGAUGAUAACAUGACACCUGAAGAUAUGUUCGGAGUUAAUGCUGAUGCAUUGCUCAGGGUGAAAAGGAAAUACGACCCAGACGAUGUCUUUAACAAAUUGAACCCUCUUGGCUCGUCUGGUUAG